AAACUGUAGUGUUUCGUAUAAAUGACCAGCGAGUGCCUGGUUUUACAUUACCAAUCGCACUGAGCAGGGGGAACGACCACUAUCGCGUCGACAGCAUGAAUAUAUUAGAAAUAUACUUGGGAAAUACCAUAUCCUUCAUCACCAAGUCCUAAGGUCAACCAAUUUCCUUCCUCGUUCUCGUUCCACAGCAUCCUUGCUACGGAGGCCCGAACCCUUAUCCAGUCUUCGAGCUUUUCCGCCGAUACCGUCACCCAUGGAUAAAGGUGCAUUUCCGGCCUGCAGCAUCCGGAACAGCGCUUUUGUCACGCUCAAAGGGUUACGGCUUCCCCACACCUUCGCGCUAGCAUCCUUGAUACCGGCUGCCUUUAAAAUCUGAUGAACAUUAGGAUUGCAAUGGAGUCCAAAUCCUACAGGACGUGGCCGUAGAAUGAUGUGUGUCGCGCCUAGUUUAGAAUCCAUCUCCGUCCAUAAAGUCCGCUUCUCGAAACGUUCCACAUAAUCCAUGUUGCGUACCGCCUGCGCGAAGGCCUUGUCUGUAGCGCGUGGGGCUUCCUCGUCCUUCCCUUCUCCAUAUCCCACGAGUCCAUCUCCAUUCCCUACCACGACAAGCGCAUACAUCCGAUGAAUUUUACCCUUUCCAGUCUGCUGCGUGAUACGACGCGUGAUUAGAGGGAAUUUGUAGAGUUCUCUGAGUUCUCUCGGCCCGAGUGGAAGACAAACGCUGCAGCUCAAAGAUGGAUGGGUCAUUGCGGACUAUGACUCGGUUUUGGAAGGGCGUGUGUCGUGUAGGGGGGAAGACAGCAGCUUCGUGUGAAUCCAGCAAUGUGUUUGGAACCAUGAGGUCCGGGUAGCCAACGCUGCCAUCCUCAAGAGGUUCUGCUCCAUUGAAGUGGGCUUUUGCGGGUCGAUUAUCAGUGAGGACUGAGCCCGUGAUAUUUGGGUGUUCAGGUUGGGUGGUGUAAGGCCUAAGAAAAGAUGAACGGCAGGCAUAGAAAACACUCCUACUCCGCGCUUGGGCCUGUCGCAGAGCUUGAGAGGUGCUGGACCCUACCAGUCGAUUCAUUGUAGUCCGUACUGAACACAGAGAAAUUUCCACCAACGGGUACGGACGUAUUUGUUAUUGUUUGUUGCCAUAUCCCGAGCAGAUUUCCGAAUACGGAGCACCGCGUACUCUUGUAAACUGACUGGUAUGUCAGACUCGGACUAUGGCUCGAAUUCUGUUGCUCCAGACCUGGCUGGGGGCGAUGCUGGAAAUAUCUUCGGUUUGAUCAAUAGAGAUAAUGUGCACGGUCUGAACCUGGUUGUACCAGAGGAUGCUAAGGAGAUCAUCAAACCUUGGAACGAACGGGAUGAUACCAUGAAAUUCGCAGAUUCUGGAGUGGAUGACCAGAUGAUCAUACAUGUCCCUUUCACACAAAGCGUACGGCUAAAAUCCAUCAUCGUCAAACUUGGCAGAGGAGAAGUCACGCCGCGUCACCUACGGUUGUAUGCGAAUUAUCCUAAUAUUGUCGACUUCGCAGAUGCCGAAGUCACCAAGCCGCAGCUAGACAUUAGUCUUCUUGAAGGAGAAACUGGGGUUGUCGAAUAUCCUCUACGAGUUGCAGCCUUUGCUAACAUCAGCUCACUGAGCUUAUAUUUUAGUGAUUCAGUAGGCGGCGACUCAUCUCGCAUAUAUUACCUUGGAUUCAAGGGAGAAACGCGGUCAGACCGUAGAGAUGCUAGCUCCAAGUUAGAAAUUCCAGCUGCUAAUGCCGCUGAUGCACCCAUCGUAGAUCGGCUGUCAGAGAAAGCGGCAGGACAGCAAACUACAGCUCGUUGAUGUAUUGCUUGCUAUACCCUGUUUCAAUGUUCCCUGCUUUGUAUCGCCGCCGCCAAUAAAGAUGUAUUGUACU